AAUCUGCGUUCACUCACCGCUUAGUUUUGUUCAAUUCCCAACCCUGGUGGCGCUGAAAAGUGAAGUGAUCGAGUCCAGACCAAGGUAGUACGAACGGCAUGGAUUUCUACCAACACUAUAUUUGUCGCCCUCCUCCCUUGUAACUCCAACAACUUCCCGUCACUCUUUCUUUCAACGUUACUCUUCUUUGUUCAGCUUAGCUAGUCCCGGAGAUCUGUUCAUUCUACUCUUUCAUACUUAGCUUGAAUCCUUCCGCCGCAAAUAUGAAGCUACAGCUGUCUGUCUUCGCCUUGGUGGCCGCACUCGUUGCACCUAUCAUCCCCGGCGCCCAAGCCUUGAACUCGGACAUCGUGCAGGUGGAUGAUGGUGCCCGUCAGCUCACGUCCAGCUUUAUUGCUAUCGGAAAAGGCGACGAUACCUCCGCCGAUCCGGGUACUCCAAUCUGCCUAGGCGACAGUCAGGCCUGUGGCAAGGGAUGCUGCCCAAAAGUCAGAGUAUCUCCCUUUCUUCUUUGCAUUCCUUUGGACUGAUUAGAUCAACCAUAGGAGGUACUCGGUUCUGCAACAGCUGCCGCGAAUCUCCUGGUUCAUCAAGCGCUCAGACGCGAUGACGUUUCAACCAACAUCAUCACGAAGACCGUGUACUAUGCAUCUGGCCACGAG